CGCUCGCCUUCAAUUCAUUUGUACUCUCAUAACUUACAUUCUAUCUUCUAUCAAAACCUUGUCGUCAGUCUCGGUGUGUGGUCCGUGGUCAUUGUGAAAGCGGCGAACGUUUGAAUUGUUCAUCACCCUGUGGCAAAACUGUAUCGAUUGGUGAAGAUUUAUUAUAAAUGGAUGCAAAAACUGCACAAUCUAUUUUUGGAGGAAUUGUAGCAGCAAAAAAACGACCAUCUAAAGAAGUCCCUGAACCAACAAUAAAUUUCAAGAGCGCCAACGAUUCUCUUGUUAAGAAGAAUCUUCUGCUAAAACAACAAGUUGUACAAUGCACAAAGACUAUUGAAAAACUACGAAAUGAAAAUGUCGCCUUACGACAAAAAAAUCAAGAGCUCAUCGAUGGAACUCUUGAGCAGCGAAUUGAGCUAAUUGUCGAGCAAAGGUUGAAAUUUCGCCUGGCACAUGCUGCAGUUUUACAUAAAAAAUUAGUACAGAAUAUUCAACAGACAGGAUUGGAAUUAGAUGGACUUUUCAAAGAUUUGGAACCUGAACCGAGUGGCUUAAAUACGCGACGGCCACCAAAAUUAGAGUUAAAUUUGGAAAGAGUUGACGAAAUACCAUUUUGUCAGUCUUCUAUGCAAGGAGAAAUUGAUGAAAAUGAAAUUCGAUUUGAUAAUAAUUCAUCUCAAAGUACGUCUUCAAUUCAAAACGCUGUAAAUGGAACUCCUCGAAAAAAACAAAGCGUCGGAAAGGGUCGAAGAAGUGAGCUGUUCCAAAGUUUUAACGCUGAUUCAUCUAUUGUCGAAGAAGCAUCUACAAUUCCAACAAAUCGGCGUGCACCUAUGCUCAUUGCUCCAUCAUCAACUCCUGCAGGCCCUUCUAAGCCAACGGCUAGGAAACCUCCAACACCAAGAUUCAAAAAGCCAUCAACUCCCGCCCUUGCACCACAAUCAGAUGACACCGAACUAUCAUCAACGAUUCAGGUUCGUCGUCAACGAUCUGCGAAAAUGAAUAUCAAAUCAUUGAAAGAACCAAGUGGAAAAGACAAACUCCGUCGACCUGGAAAGCAUGAUGAACCAAUGCCAUACAUCAAUACAUUUUUCUGACCAAUUUCAUUGAAGAUCUAAGUCACCGCCAUUAUAUAUUUAUUUUCUGAAAUAUCAUUUUAAUCACACAUUAUUGUUUUGCUUGCAUUGUCUGAAAAUUAAGUAAACUUGUCAAUAGAAUUAUGUUUUUCC